GUAGGUUACAAAAAGGUGCGGGUAUCUAGGCAGCCAGAUAGGAGGAACAGUGCUGUGACAAAGAUGUGACAGAGGAGACCUUUCAAGCAUGAGAAAGAGGAGAAAAGAAAGUGCCGUGAAAGACCUGUUUGGCAUGUAUGAUGGAAGGACUGGGAAACGACACAUUCAUAUGCAGCUCUAGAGCCCUCCCAUGUCUCAGUCACCCCAAAACAGAGCCCUCAACCCUGCUGUGGAAGCUCAAGGACUGCUUCUCCACAAACGAGACAAACUCUCUUCGGCACACAGAUAAAGAAAACAAUUACAUGGACAGCAGAAAGGCCGUUUUGGAAUUGAAAGAUGUCCCUCCUCCUCCACAGCAUACUUCCUCUUCCCAAUUAUCCCAGCCCUUUUCUCUGGUCCCGCUCCCUUUGCCUCCUCCCUGCUUGCCUCCCCCUCAGCUUACACAAGACUCCCACCAACAACAGCCACCACCGCAGCAGCAACAAGAGGGGGCUAGCCCCAAAGUAAGACCUCAAGUAUGUUCUCACUGUGACUAUUGCAGCACAGAUAGCUAUGGGUUAUUAGGUGGUGGAGGUGUUGUUGGUAGCAGUAGUAGCAUUGCUGGUGUUGUCUCACUCUACAUGGACCCAGGCUCUCUGGGAGCACCCAUCAGCAGCAGCAGCAAUAUUGGCAGGUCUGGCCUUUGCUCUGUAACUUCAUCUGUCCAUCAGUAUAAACGUAACCUAAGCUGUGGAAGAGCAGGUGAAGUUCUUGAUCCUUUGCUGGGUCUUGAUUACAAACCUCAGCCGCUCUCUAAUGUUGCUACCUCCCAGCCUAUUUCAUCACACCCCUACCUCUCCUGCUGCUCAGGGAUUCUCCACGCAACCCCCUCUGUACCUCUUCCAUGUAGCCAGCCCAGCCUGUUUCCCUCCUUUCCACCUCUGGCUUCCUCUCUUCCUUGUGUUUCAUCUCUACCUGCUCCCUUGCAUGGCUCUUGCCUGGCCUCUUCUGGCUACUACCCCUGUGUAGACUGUUGCCCAUCAGCCAGAAGAACCCAGAGAAGCACACCCUGUGAUCACCCAACAACCACCACCAUCACCACUACAACCACCUCAGCACACUUCUGUUCUAAUCCUGUUCACCUAAAUGUAGAACGCACUGUUUGUGUAAAGGGGGCGCACUUCUGCCAGGAGUGCCUGUUAAAGCCCCUAAAUGGUCUGGCAGUGUCAGAGUCGGACACGGUGUGGCACAAUGUUCCUGUACCCCAGACUGCUCCUAUCCCCAUCCCCAUUUGUAACGGCUGUGGCACUUCCUCUGAUGGCAUGAUGCUCAUGUCAUCGACCAGCCUUGGCAAGACUGGUCAGAAGUAUGGUUCUCCUGAGACCUGUGGCCCUGAGAACAUCCCUCCAGUAGGUGUCUUCUGGGACAUUGAAAACUGCAGCGUGCCCAGUGGACGCUCCGCAGGAGCAGUGGUUCAGCGCAUUCGCAGCCGUUUCUUUCAGGGACACCGCGAGGCAGAAUUCAUUUGCGUCUGUGACAUCAGCAAGGAGAGUAAAGCUGUCAUCCAAGAGCUCAACAACUGCCAGGUCACCGUUGCACAUAUCAAUGCCAUAGCCAAGAAUGCUGCAGACGACAAGCUUCGCCAGAGCCUACGACGCUUUGCUGAGACUCACACUGCACCUGCAACAGUUGUUCUAGUAUCCUCGGAUGUAAACUUUGCAAGUGAGCUGAGCGACUUGCGUCACCGCCAUGGUUUCCAGGUUAUCUUGGUCCAUGGCAACCAUACGUCUUCAGCCCUGCUACAGCACGCCCACUGCCACGUGGCCUUUCAGGAGAUCACAGCUGAUCUGCCACCACGUAUACUGAUCAAAGAGCAGCCCAGUUUCAACCUCCUCUAUGUGCACAACCUUCCUAUCAACUGUGACAAGAAUCUGCGGAACGCUGUGAAGCUCAGGCUCCGCCGCCUGUCUGACAACUGUGGUGGCAAAGUGUUGGGCAUGUCCCAGGGCACAGCAGUCCUUCGUUUUGGCAACCCUGAUGCAGCUGCACGUGCCCGCAAGCGAAUGGAAAAUGAGGAUGUGUUUGGCCGCCGAAUCAGCCUCUCCUUCUCCCCACACCCCAGAGAUGAUACAAGUCCCGAGCCUGAGCUUCAGUCUCGGACCCAUCUCUUGCCUCAGCCUCAGGCUCUGCCCCAGACCUAUCAAAACCAGGACUCAAUGUUCACCCCUACCCCAUCCGUAUCCUCCUUCUCUUUUCUGCCCCUGGAGAAGCCAAGGUCACCUAGGAGGCCACGGCGAGCAACCCGCCCCUACAACACCCCAGGCCCAGUGCCUGAACGGCCCUACAGCCCCAGGAGAGGGUGCAGUGGGCCACCCGGUGGUGCUCCAGACAAGCCCCAUCAGGAGCUGGGUAGCUUGGAGUGUAAGCCAAGAACUGGCUUGCACCACCUGGAGAGAGGACGUGCUGUUUCCUCUUCCCCCCACAGUAAUGGUGAGACAGGAUCUCUGGAGAGGCUGUCCAAGCCUGGCCUUGCUGGAGAAUCCAUGUACAGGAGAAGAAGAGAAGGGUCCAACCCUUGCACUGUCACUGUAUCGUCUGGAGAACAAGGAGACAAGAGCUCAGGAGAUUUCCAGAUGAGCACACCCUCAGCUUUCAGCAAGUUGAAUCUACACAGGAGCUUCAGUCCCCUUGCCCUGUCCCAGGGCUCCUGGUCAUCCAGGAGCGUGUCGCCCUGCCUGUCCAGCCGCUCCUCGCCCCUCUUGGCUGCCCCUCGUAGCCCUCAUCCCGAUCGUCCUCCUGAGCCUUUCUCAGACGGGGCAGAGAUUCAAGUGGCCAACCUGGACUACAGAAUGUCCCGCAAGGAUUUGCAGCAGACACUGCGUGACACGUUCUUCCGGUAUGGGCAGGUGAAAGCUGUGGAGCUUAGCCCACACACUGACUAUCAGCUGAAGGCCACGAUCCAGAUGCUGUCCCUUCAACAGGCCAUAAGUGCUAUCAGUGGUCUGCACCGCUAUAAGAUCGGGGGGAAGCGCAUUCAGGUGUCUCUGAUCACCGGUGGCAGCAGCAAAUCCCUUGCCAUGCUCAGCACAGAGAUCAUCACCAUUCUUCAGGAUGCACCUGCCAACUGCCUUCCCCUCUUCAAGUUCACAGAGAUCUAUGAGAAAAAAUAUUCUCGUAAGCUGGUGGUUGGUGAGCUGUACAAACUGCCAGAGGUGGUGGCAGUGCGGGAACAGGGAGGCUCGAGGCUUGUGUGCCUUCUGCCAAGCAGUCAAGUCCGUCAGAGUCCACUGGGAUCUUCCCAAUCCCAGGAGGGCUCCUCCUCUGCUAGUGGAAGUCCUGUGGUGUUUGAGGAGCUGGAGUACCAUGACCCGGUCUGCAGACAACAUUACAAACAGGACUUCAGUGAGGCUGACUUUGACCCUGACUCCUACAAAAUCCCUUUUGUUGUGAUGUCUCUUAACACUUUGGCCUCUGAGAUCCACAGUCUGCUGCAGUCCCACCAGGGAACCCUUCCAUUACUCAGUUUUCCAGAUUGCUACGCAGCCAAAUUCAGCACUCUGCAGCUGGGCAAUGAGACACUGGAGGGUGGUGUUCCCCUGGAGCAUCUCAUUACCUGUGUUCCCAGUAUCACUAUUGUCACAGCUCAGAAUGGCUUUAAAGUCAUCAAAUGGAUCCACAACAAACCACCUGCACCAAACUCAGAACCAUGGAUUCAGCGCUGCAAGAGUCCAGUUGGAAACCCCCAGCUCAUACAAUUCAGCCGUGAGAUUAUUGACCUGUUGAAGAAUCAGCCCUCUUGCAUCAUGCCCAUGAGCAAGUUCAUCCCCUCAUACCACCAUCACUUUGCAAAGCAGUGCCGCGUCUCUGACUAUGGUUACUCGAAGCUCCUGGAGCUUCUUGAGGCCGUGCCACAUGUCCUGCAGAUCUUGGGUAUGGGCACCAAGCGUUUACUCACCCUGACCCAUCGUGCUCAAGUCAAGCGCUUCACUCAAGACCUGCUCAAACUGCUUAAAUUUCAAGCCAGCAAACAAGUGUCAAUCGAUGACUUCAUGCAAGCCUACCAUUGGUGCUUCUCCAGAGACUGGAGGGUGGUUGACUACGGCAUAUGUGACCUGAUGGACCUGCUGACUGAGAUCCCUGACACCACCAUCACUAUUACUCAUCAGGACAAAGACACCGUCAUCUCUGUUCCCAAAAGAGAACGAACAAUAGAGGAAAUGGAUCGCACUAAGCAGUUUGGGAAGGAAGUGGUGGACCUUCUCCGUCACCAGCCUCACUGCAGGAUGCCCUUCAGCAAGUUCAUCCCCACCUACCACCAUCACUUUGGUCGUCAGUGCAAGCUCAGCUACUACGGCUUCACUAAACUUAUGGAGCUCUUUGAGGCGAUCCCUGACAUCCUAAUGGUGUUGGAGUGUGGUGAGGAGAAAGUGCUGACUCUGACAGAAGUUGAGCGCAUCAAAGCUCUGGCAGCUCAGUUGGUCAAGCUGCUUCGAGCUCAGAAAAACUCCAGUCUUCCUGUCAGCCAGCUUCUAACGGAGUACAGCAAGACCUUUGGUUAUGGUCUCCGCCUGCAAGACUACGAUGCAAGCUCCCUGCCAGCUCUGCUGACCAAACUCUGCCAUGUUGUCAAGGUGGUUGAUGGCGCUGAGGGUCGGGAAGUGCAAUUGAUCAACAGGAAGUCUCUGCGCUCCCUGACCUCCCAGCUACUGAGUCUGCUCAUGUCCCAAGACGGACAGCAAGUCACCAAGGGUUUCAAAGUCGAAGUGCUUAGCCAGCAAUACCUGACGGUCUAUGGAGCCUCACUCAACCCAUGUGAAUAUGGGUUCCUCUCCCUCAGCGAGUUGCUUAAGAGCCUGCCAUACCUUGUUGAGCUGUACCAUGAAGAAAGUGAGGACAACACUUCUAGUGGUCGUGGUGAGGAGUGGGUGAGGCUGACCUGGCUUUACCAGUUUGCCCGUAACGUACGUGCGCUGCUCCACACCUAUCAUUACAACCAGCUCUUCCUGACUGAGUUCCUGGGGGCUUUUAACAAAUUCACAGGCGCUAGCCUUGAACCUCGUUCCUAUGGAUAUAUCAGCAUUGAUGAGCUGCUUGGAGCAAUACCUCAGGUGGUCUGGAUCAAAGGGCAUGGUCACAAGAGGAUUAUCGUUCUAAAAAACGAUAUGAAAGCAAGGGCAACCUCUUCUGUCCCCACCAGCCCCCUGCCAGGGGAGAACACAGACAGUCCAAGAGACAGCCCCAUUAGCAUCUCAACAUCUGGAGCGCAAAGUCCGGGUGGUGAUGCAGUGGCCGAUUCAGAGCUGCUGUGUCUGACGUCACCAGUAGACCUGCUGUGUGGUCCUGUACCAUCCUGCCUACCUUCACCUCAGCUCCACCCUGACCCCGUUCUCCUGCAGCAGACAGACCUGAUCCACUUCGAGGAGAAAAGUCCAACAACUCAAACACCAGUGAGUGAUGAACCCGAGGUGGCUGAUGCUGAUGGUACUUCUGAUGCACCCGAGCACCCUGCCUUCAUAGGAGACUCGGCGGUCUCUAACUUCCCACCGCCCCCUGACAUGAAGACAAACUUGUCCAUGGACAGUCCCAGCAGACGAGUAACACGCAGCAGAAUUAAGCUAGCUGCAAACUUCUCAUUCCCAGCAGGCCUGUGAUCCUUUUCACACACACACACACACACACUGGAAACCCUAGUUCAGUUAUUAUAACUUGUUAAACAUAAGUUGACCCACCACACUGAAAGCACUCCAAAAAAAACUUACCACAAAACAACCCUGGUAUUGUCCCAUCUACAUCCUAACAGGCUGUUACAUUCUUCUGCCUUUGCUCUUCUCAUCCGUUUAUCUGCCAUCUUUGUUCCUUUCGUUUGCUUGAACUAUCAGCAAUGUUCUUCCAGUGAUGUUCACCAAGCUGUGAUUCUCUUCUUGCAGAUUUUCUGCAAUUCUUUUAUUUGCCAAAUCCAUCUCUUCUAACCUGUUUGAUUUCAUCUGGAGGAAAGUUGAAUGAUAUUUUCACGAGUUUGCAUAUUGAGUUCAGAGCCACGGUGGCUAACAAUGAAUGUAGAGUAAAAAUGAGUUAGUUGUCACUGUAUACAGAGUAUAUUUAAACACUGGGAGAAAUUCAAGUGAGGACUAAGUUCUUUGCUAAAUCCAAGAAAUUAAGUUAACUUCAUUCAGAGUUUAUAAAUUGACAAAUGACAGAAGGUUUAUAGCGCUGCUUUGUUCAUGUUUAGAAACCUUUAUGUAUGAAAUUAUCCCUAAAGAUGGAGCAUUUAAUUGAGGACUUUGAUUAUAAACUCAUUUCAGAAUUGUGGAGAUUUUUCUUUUGAUAACUGGAGUCAUGUCAUUCAAACUGGCCUCUUAAGCAUUUCCCAGUUUAAUUGUUUAAAAGAAUUUCUGAAGAGUAAGCUUCUCUGUGAGGUGUUUUCUCAACACUUGUCUCAGUUUAAAAAAUAAUAAAAAAAAAAGUAGCCCAAGGACGGUAGUUUCAUUUCCAUUAGUGUUACUUGGUGUUUAGCAGCUGUCUGUGGAAGAGCCUGGCCUAAUGUGUGUUGUAUCAAGUGGCACCUCAAUGAUGGGACUAAAGUGAUGAACAUUAGUGUUAUCUGUUCAGCUAGUGGUCUUUGUAAAUGGAAUCCAACAGUUUUUGAACAGUUCAAGCGUGGUUGGCCAUGGUUUGACUGCUAUUGCAAUUAGCACAACUCUCAGGAUAUUGUAUUCUUGUUGUUCUUUUUACCUAAUUUAUAGCAGAGAUUGUUUCCCCUCUCUGCAAGGCUGCUGAUUAUAUCCGAAGGGAAAAUGAUCUUUGAGACUCCAGCCAGGCUUUGUUCAGGCAGCAGGAACUGUACUAUACUUUCAUGUUUGGCUUCAGCCAGCAGUCGGUGUGUUUUUCUUUUUGUCUGUGUUGUCUGUGUGUGUUAUAUGAACCGUGUGCAUAACUGAGUUUAUGCAUAGUGUAAGCCCAGGAUGAGCAGACGGGAGCAGAUGAUGGACAUUCUUUAAGAUCACGCUUUUAUUUCCACCACGUUUUAGGGAUGUUACAGUUGGCGUUGUCCUUGCAGUUGCCGCAUAAAUGCUCAAGGUUUUUCGAGUUAACCUUGUUGCUGUAUUUGUGGUGAUGUAAAAACUGCCUAUGUUGAAGAGGAGCAACGAGCACUCCUGAUUUUUUGAUUUUAAUGACGAGGUGAAUGGUUGUGAGUUUUUUUAGGGAAAGGAGUUGGGAUGGGAGGCAGUAGGCUGUUUGUGAAGCACCACGGGGGCUCUAAGUGGCCUCUUGAACAGACUGUGAUGUACGCACAGAGGACCUUUGAGGCUCUCUGGAAUCCGCCUGGCUUUUACAAUGGCUUGUAUUUGCCACGGUGCCAAAGGAAACACCAUCAUACCUCCACAUCCCUGACAUCUCCCACGGAGGAGUUUUUACUGAUGUGUGCUGGUUUCUGUGUUUUCCUCUGUCUUAAGUGUUUACAAGACUGCUGGCUGCUGACAUGCCAUUCAGUGAUAUCGGCCGAAAGUGAUGUUUAACACGCCCGCUGAAGUCUAAAGAGUUUUGUCUUGUGUUAAUAGUAAAUGUUCAAAGAAUGGAUAAGAGCCCAUUUUAUCAGUUUCUCUCUUAGAUUGUGUUCAAAUCUUAAAACCGCGAUAAUUUCACAAGUUGAGUUGUCAGACUUGAUUUUGACUUUGUGUGAAAAAGCUGCGAGAUUUCACCUGUCAUCACACCGAAAUGUCUGAGAUGCCAAUCAAAAUGUUUUUAAUGAGGAUGUUUGGGUUAAAGUCUCUCCUGCAGUGAUAAAUUGGCUGUCUGAAAACCUCUUUAAUUAGGUAAUGAGUAUGUAUUAAGAAAUAGGCAGGCCUAAGAAGGAUUAUGUAUUGGUAAUGAGAAAAAGCUAUAAUGCUAACAGGAAAUAUCUAGAUUUAACUUUGGCCGUAAGAAUGUAUUACUUUGUGAAUUUGCGCAUACCUUGGCUCUCCUUCAGAGAACUGCAGUGGCAACUAACUCGCAUGAAAACAUGAAACUCUUCUGUUUACUUUCUCUUUGUUUUGGUUACAUCAGUGAGAAGCUAUAGUACCUAACGAAAUAUGCACCUUUGCAUAGUUUUGGUCCAAAAAUAUCCCAAAUGAAAAUCAGGCCAGAGGGGAAUGGAAACAUGCUUUUGUUUAAAUGUAUCUGACUCUGCCUUGUUUGUUCUGUUUCAGUGUUGUACAACAGCUGAUCUUUAUUCAUCAGUGUCCUUAAACUCUUGCCUUGUGAUUUCCUGGUCAACAAUUGUCUCACUGAUGUUCCUCUCUGUAAUCCUCCCCCUUGUCAAACGGGUUUAAUGCCUCACUGCAGCAGAACUGGCUGUAACAGUCCAAUGUUGUUGAAGGGACCAAAAAGAUUUACGUAAAUAAAUUUCACAAGCAUUA